UUUAUUAGACACAAUGUCCGACGACGAGCAGCACAACGUCCAGUUCGAGGGUACCUCCUCCGGAGCCUCGUUGACCUUCCCCAUGCAGUGCUCUGCCCUUCGCAAGAACGGUCACGUUGUUAUCAAGGGUCGUCCCUGCAAGAUUGUCGACAUGUCGACCUCAAAGACUGGCAAGCACGGUCACGCCAAGGUCCACUUGGUUGCCAUCGAUAUCUUCACUGGCAAGAAGCUCGAGGAUCUUUCUCCCUCCACCCACAACAUGGAUGUCCCCAACAUCAAGCGUACUGAGUACACUCUCGUCAACAUCGACGAUGGUUUCUUGAACCUUUUGGACGCUGAUUCCAACCAGAAGGACGAUGUUAAAGUUCCAGAGGGUGAACUCGGUGAGAGGAUUGAGGCUGACUUUGAAGCUGGCAAGGACGUAAGUCAAGUUUUUUAAUACCCUUUAUCAUCCCAAAUCGAACAUUCGCUAUUCUCUUUUAAUUCCUCAAUUGACUUUUUUUUAACUUGUUUGGACUUGAUCUUUAACCAAUAUACAUAUAUAUUUUUUUCUGCUUGCUUAUUAGCUCCUUGUCACUGUUGUUGCUGCGAUGGGUGAGGAGGCUGCCGUCUCUGUCAAGGAAGCUCCUAAGGCCUAAUUAAAUUUUUGGCAGUAGUCCUUUUGAAGUGCAUUU